UUCUUUCUGAGCAGUCAUUCACAACAUUCUCCUCUUGCUCUUUACUCCUGUCACUGCAAAACUGGUUCAUUUGAGCACAUCCAAUGGCGAAGAACAAGGCAUGGAGAAUAAUCCCAAGACCCCUCCUCGAAACAGUCCUUAACAACCACGCUCAACACCACCGUGUUCCUCAACCCCUUUUUCUCCACGGCCCACGUGGCGUCGGCAAAACCACCCUCAUUCUUGAACGUCUUAUGGGUAAAUGGAACAGUGGCCCUCAUAUCACAGGCUACGUGGACUUUGCCGAAUCCAUAAAAGAUCAUCACCCAGUUCAUGGCCAAUCAUUUCCAUGGGGUUCUUGGUCUAACUGCGAUCCUCCUUCGCUGCCUUUUCUUAGAAAUCAACUCGAAAGUUGCUUGGAAUCGAUGGCCCAGAAAGGUAUUAAGCUUGGAACUAUAAGUUCUCAUCAGAUUUUCACUGUUUUGAGUAAAUGGCAUGGGCUUAAUACAGCACUUAAACAGAUCCUAGAUGGUAGUAAUUCCAACCCUAGAAAGGCUGUUUCAGUUAGGAAUAAUUCAGUGUUGAGUUUAUGGGAAAGGGCGGUUUUUGCGUCUAGUGUUCGAUUAAAUGCCCAAGAGAAGAGUGGGUUGAGUUUGGAGGAGGAUACAUAUUAUAGGGAAGCAAUGGGGGCUUUGAAUUUGGCUAAAGAGGUUAUAAGGGUGCAGCAGAAGUGGAGAGCUAACGCGAUUAAGCACUUGAAUCAGACCGGUGGGUUUUCAAGGCCGUUGGCCAAUUCAGCAACUGAUUGGCCCUGUUUGUUAUUGGAACUCCUUUCAUCCGCCGCUGAAAUAGAUUAUUUUCAGCCGAAGCUGGUGAUAAACAAUAUUGAAGUUCUAAAGAAUGCAAUACUGACGGAUGAUUCUACAGUCCGUGCAUCCUUGUAUCAUGAUAGUCUGGUAUGGAGAAUAAUAGCCUUGGGUGCAAAUGAGAGAUCUCUUCCAGUUAUUCUUGUAACAUCUGAUAGCUACUAUUCAUAUCGUGCCUAUAUGGAUUUUGGAUUUCCGGACAUUUUCAUCUCACGUGAGACUUUUGGGUGGACUCCUGCAGAAGCUAAAAUGCAUAUGGUUGAUGACUAUUUUAGUCAAUCAGAGUGGAAUGUGAUUGUUGAGGUGCUAGGACCAAAUCCAAGACAUCUAUUUGAGAUUUAUGCACUCAAGCUAAGUAAUUACUACCAAAAGGUCAUGAAUGAGAAGAGCAGUAAAUUUGAGGAUAUCGUGGACGCAUACUUGGCAUAUCUUCAAGUAACAGUAGUUAAUCCUGCCAUGGAUAGAGCAUUGUCACUUAUACAGAAGUUUGCAGUUGAUGCACGAAAUGGAAGAAUUUUGAAGGACAAGCUAAGUUUUGGUGCUCCGUGGAGACACCCUCCAUCUUCUGAUGAUCCUAAAUUGUGUCGUCAAUGGGCUAAAAUUCAACUUAUGGACUUUGUUCAGUGUCUUGUGAAUGCAGAAUUUGGGGUCAACUACCUAGCUGAUUGUAGUCUUGAAAUCUUUGAUGAUCCAUCUGCUAUUGCAUUAUUAGAGGUCGGUCUGCUUUAUUCACAACGGGAUCCAUCAUUCCUUCGUCCUGUUUCUCGGGGUAUUCAGAGAUGCCUUGUUAGAUGGCUUGUCCAAGAGCGAAUCCAACUGCACUCAAAGAGUUCACUCCAGUUUCUUUGGCAGCGAGUUAUACGUGGGCGUAGCUAUCGCCAUCUGAUGUUAGAAGUAGGAUACAAGUAGAGCUCAUUCAAGGCGUAUGGUGAAUUAAUUACUGUUGGUCAAGCUUUUUGAUGGAUAUAUGUUUACCUAAGUGUACUGUUGGUUGGAGCUGUUACAAAUUUGUUAGGAGCAAUAUUGUUCUCAUUCAUCAUCUGUGAUCCUUCGAGUUCGUCCCUCUUCGGUCGAAUAUAGCAUCCCCACCAUAUAUUUUGAAUGGUGAAGAAUAGACCUAGAAACAUCCAGACUAAAGUACAAAGUCAAUUGUGGACUUCUUUUAUUGGAGCUUGGUGGGGGUCUCUCUUCAAUACUUGAAGUCAGUCUUUUCCUUUAUUGAAUUGGUAUGGAGGAUUUUUUUAUUUCAUUUUUGGGUGGUGCGGAAUGGAAAGGGAGAGAGAGAGAGAGAGAGAUACGGCGGCAACCUUGAAGAUCAGCCUGCAACACUUCACUGCACGCGCAUCCAUGAAAAGCAUUCAGCCGUUGAUUUAUGAAAUCAGAUAUACCAAGACUCUGGGAGGCCCAUUUUUAUUUGGUGCUUCGAUAAGCAAUAAUUCCACAUAUACUCUUAGGAAGGACUGAAUUUAUCCAUGUACAGGAAGAAAGUUUAGAUUUAUAGUUGAGAACAUCUAAUUCUCUCAAUCUGCAAGGGAAAAGCAAUUGAGAAACAUUGUUUUCCUUAAAAAAAAUUCACUUAAGGGUGCUCAGGCAGCUUCUUGUCCUACUUCUAGAUAUGAUUGAAUAAAUUUGACUGUUAUAAUGUUGAUGGUUAAGCUAGUCGGAUGGUUUGUUAGCAAAGCAUUAUCCUCUCUUUUGGUCUGCUUCAA